AUGUCGGCCUCUGAAGCUCAAGCCAUCAUCUAUGAACAAUCCAAUGCCCUCCAUAAUUCGGUUAUGGUCUGUACUGGUUUGUGGAUCUACGAGAUCGGUCUACAAGCUCGGUAUGACUGGAAUCUAAUCAGACAAUACCACGCGUCGGGGCGCCCUGCUAAAGCACAGUUCGGAAAAUGGACAUACCUGGCUUGUAGAAUCUCUAUCCUGGUUUACAGUAUCUGUGUCAUCAUAACUGCUUACGAUAGCAACUCGACCUGCGAAGGAGUUCUGAUGGGAUGGCUUGGGGCAUCGGCCCUGUUGGGACUUGUGUGCGCAACUAACCUGCUCUCCAUACGAGUAGCUGCUGUAUGGGCAUGGAAUAAAUGGAUCGUCGGCAUCACUAUCACGAUAUCGCUCUCACAACUCGCUACAGGUAUCUACUUCACUGUGAAGUCCACCUUCAUAAGGAAGUCGCCGUCAGGAAGCUGCAACCCCACUGCAGGACACAGCAAUCUCCCUAUUGCCCUCGCCGGGUUUGCCGGAGACUGUAUCCUACUGGGUCUUCUCUUCACGGGUCUCAGAAGGAAGUGGAGUGGUGCUCGCCAAGUCAAGAAUGGAAUGUGGCACUUGCUUUGGACACAAGGCAUGCUCUAUUUCUCUAUUGUGGUAUUGGUAGAAGUGCCAUUUGUUGUGCUAUUGAUAAUGGACAUCAACCCCAUUAUGGACACGAUCAUGGCCACACCAGUAGUCAUCACCUUAUCUGUAUGUGCGACGCAUAUGUAUCGUAACUUGAAUGGUACUCAGAGGGUACAGGGGCGGCUUGGGAAUGCCGGUAGUGGAGAAUCUCGGGGUGUAUCAAAAGACAACGACAUUCGUCUUAUCGCGAUCCGAAAAGAGCCUCCUGGCUCGCAAGCUCUUGUAGGCAAGAAGCUUUGA